AUGAUUUCGGACAAGCAAAAGGAGGCAGCUGAGGAACUUGGUGUAGCCUGCUUCUCCUGGGCAGAAUUUGCUUCAGUGGGAAAUUUGGAUGGUGAUCUUCCUCCAAAGCAGAAGACAAACACAUGCAUGAUAAUAUAUACCAGUGGAACAAGAGGAAAACCGAAAGGUGUCACACUAAAUAAUGGUGCUUUCAUUGCAGAAGUUUUAUCUAUGGAUAAACUUCUUCUAGAGAUUAACAAACAGGGUUCGGAAGAGGAUGUAUACUUCUCCUUCCUUCCACUAGCUCAUAUAUUUGAUCAAAUAAUUGAGACUUACUGUGUUUCCCAGGGUUCUUCAAUAGGAUUUUGGGAAGGCGACAUCAGAUACUUGAUCAAGGAUCUUCUUGUGUUAAAACCAACUAUUUUUUGUGGAGUUCCUAGAGAACUGAGGCAAUUGACAGUAACUCUUAGCUUGAUUGCUAUUCCACCCCAACCCCACCAUAGUCAAUUCAAGAAAAUUGUUAAAGUGGCCAAUUCAAGAAAAUUGAGUCAUUUAUUCUCUGAGAUGAUCUGUCCUUUCAAGGACUAG